AUGGAGUCUCACAGACUAAGUGGCUCUCCAGACGUCAGGAUGCAGAGGAGUUACGCGCAGCAGCUCAGCCCUAGUGGCAGCCAGGAGAGCUUGUUUGGAGUCAGGGUUCAGGUUCAGGGGAUUAAAGGUCAACCAUAUGUGAUCCUGAACAGCGCUGGCCAGGACAGCCAUAGGGACAUCUCUGUCAUCACUCACCAGGCGGGGUAUAACCCAGGCAUGAUGAGGAGGUCUACGGAUGAAAGACGGUCUACGUCUGAGGCGCAGAGGCCUGCAUCCUCCUCCGAGUUUCAUUAUCAGAAACACCCCGAGCUUCUGAGACCUUAUGACCCUGAAAGUAAUAACCUCAACCUUCUCUGUCCUUCACAAACAGCCUCAGCCACUCGACGUGGACAGCUACACACCAACCCUCCUCCUGUAAAUACUCAGACUGCUAAUGCGACCAAAGCCAGGAUCCCUCUGCCUGCUGAGGGCCCAGAGGAAGACCAGAGUGAGGCGCCUCAGAACAAAGCGCCUCCCUCAGGUGAACCUCCAAAGUCCCCAGACGCAGUGGACGCAGACUCCUUCAUAUCUGUAGGGAAACUAAUAGACCAGUUCAACAGCAGCCAGCGGAGGGGAAGGGGCAGCCCAAGGAACAGGCUGGACCCAGAGGCAUGUCGAAGGUCACGUAGCGUGGACAGCGGGCGAACCUCAGACGACUCAUCAUCCUCCACUUCCUCCAGCAGAGCCUCAUCUCUGAAGGGCAACAGGGCCGAGACCUCAGGUGGGAUGUAUCCGCCCGGGUCAGCUAGGGCUCGGCUACUCGGUGGAGAGGCAACUUCGGCAAACAACAGAGAGGAGAGCAAGCCCAGCACUCUCCUCAGAGGACAUAAUGGAAGAGAGACAAUGUCCACAAAGACCCCAAAACUACAUCAGAGAAUGGAGAGAUCGUCUGUCUCUGUAUUACGUAGUGACCAAAAUGAUGGAUCUGAUGAGAGAGACGCACAGGUUACUCCUGAUCUUCUGAAAGGACAGCAAGAACUGUCAGUAGAUCCAACUGAAGACACAACAAAACAAAUACUGUUCACUUACCUCAAGGAUGGGACGACUGAUGACGACCCCACCACUCAGAGGAAAGUCAACCUGCUGCUUGAAAAGGUCAACAAACUUAAAUGGAAAACCGCUGUGAAUCUGGAAGAGGAGAAAGAUUAUACAGCUGAUGUGAGGCAGUUGCACGAGAAACGGGCAUCGCUAGAGAAAGAAGUAACCGAGUUAAAGCAAAAACUGGAAACUGAGAUGAAGAAUGAAAGGACUCUGGCUAAGGCCUGCGAGAAGGCCUGGGCAGAGAAGAAGAAACUACAGGAAGAGUUGGCCAAAAGUCAGAUAGAGCUCUGUAAACUCAGGGAUAGACUGACUGAAGUUGAGGCUGAACUUCAGUUGACCAAAAAGGAUUUGAUUCAGAUGAAGGCCGAAAGAGAAAGAUCUAAGAGAGAGAUGAAAGACCUUCAGCAGCAGCUCUCUGAGAUGCAUGACGAGCUGGACCAAGCCACGAAGGCAGAGGUGAUAAAUACGGAGAAAGAAGUCCUUCUGAAGGAUAUGGUGCAGCUGCGUGGAGACUUCCAGGAUAUGCUUCAGGUGAAGGAAGAGCAGGAGGAGGUCCUGCACCGCCGGGAGAGGGAGCUCAAUGCCCUGAAGGGGGCGUUCAAAGAUGAAGUGGAGACCCACGAUAAAUACAUGGCCGCUCUGAAAGACGAGUAUGAGAAGGAGCUUGAGAGUCUUCUCAGGGAUUUAGAUAUGGCCAAAGAGAGCAAUGCUCUGCUGGGCCAGAGGAAGGUGGAGGCAGAAGAGGAGAGAGGUGCAGCUAAGGUGCACCUGAAAGAGCUGAGUCAGGAGAAAGAACAGCUGAGAGGAGAUGUGCAGGAGUUGAACAACAAGGUGGAUCAGCUGAACCAGGCUAUCCAGGAGUCCAGGGUCACAGAGAGACAGCUGGACCAAAGGACAAAGCAGCUGGAGAGGGAGAAGCAGCAGCUUGAGGAAAUGUUGAAGGAUGUGAGAAGGAACGAGGAGGAAAUGUGUCAGUCGAACCAGUCUCUGCUCACUCGCUUGGAGGACGUGCAGGGCAAAUUGACCAAACUCAAUCAUGAGCACAGGGACCUUAAAGAGAAGCUCAAGGAGGAGAGGAAACAAAUCGAGGAGCUAUGGAAGAUAAAAACAGCUCUGGAGGAUGAGAGGACGCUGCAGGACAGGACUGUGGAGCAACUACAGAGGAAGAUGAACAGCAUCAUGGAGGAUUGUGAGGCCUCUACAGACAUACUUCAGAGCCAGGUCGACGAGGCCAGAGAGAAGAGUCAGAGGGAGUUGGCCGAGCUGCGGAGACAGCUGCAGGAAAAGGGAGCAGAGCUGGAGAAAUCCCGACAGGCAGCCAAAAAUCUGCAGGAAGAGCUGCUUCCUCUGGAGGAGGAUCUGCGGCGGUGUCGCAGGGAGCAGCAGGAGGCCCAGCUGAGGGGCCGGCAGCUGGAGCAGAGACUGGAGGAGCUGGAGGAGAGGAAUGCCACCACAGUGGAAGAGCGGGAGCGGCAGGUCAAAAUCAUGGAGGGGCGCAUUAGUCAACUACAAGAAGAUCUUCAUGAUGAGCGCGGCACUGCUGACCGACUGUUGGAACGAUUAGACAAAACCAAAGAGCAGAUGGAUCAGUUGAGGAAUGAGCUGAUGCAGGAGAGAGGAGUCAGACAGGACCUGGAGUGUGACAAGAUGAGCCUGGAGAGACAGAAUAAAGACCUCAAGAGCAGAGUUACUCAUCUGGAAGGAUCACAAAGGACCAACCAGGACUCACUCGUCUCCAAACUUAACAUCCGCAUCCAGGAACUUGAAGAAAAGUUGCACGGAGAGGAAAGGGACAACAACAACCUGCAACAAGCCAACCGCAAGCUGGAGCGCAAGGUGAAAGAGAUGAAGAUGCAGGCGGACGAAGAAAACGUCAACCUGCAGACCCAGAGGGACCAGCUGACUCAGAGGCUGAAGACAGCGAAGAGGCAGAUGGACGAGGCGGAGGAGGCGAUUGAGCGUCUGGAAAACGCUAAAAAGAAGCUUCAGAGAGAUCUGGAUGAGCAGAUCGAGGCCAACGAGCAUAUUCAGAGCCAACUCGGUGCACUGCGGAGCGAGAUGAGGCGUAAGAAGAGCUCAACUGCUCUCAUAAAGGCUCUGGAGGAUGAUGUGAACGACUUGGAGGAUUUUGGCUCCGAUUAACUGG